AUGAUGGCUUUUCAAGGAUACAGCGUUGUCGAACUCCUUGACUCCGAGGAUAUAAUAACUAUUGUCAGUAACACUUGGUUUAGAGAAGAAGGUUCGUACGCUCAAAUACCUUCAGUGCGGGGUACGCACUACUAUGCUGCGGUGAAAAAUCACACCGCGCCGGAUGUCGAUGUGGUCAGCACGGCCGUGUCCAUAAUCGUUAGCACGAUUAGCUUCCAGCAUGCCCGAGAAAUGGAACAGCAAUCUGAGCGCGGGAUGCUGCCAUCGACAGGAUACAAUUCCCAUGGGCCUUCCAGCUAA